CCUGCUUGAGAGUAUUUUUAAAUAAUUGGGGUUUGGGAGCAGAAGGAGGAAAAUCUAAAGGUUUUUUUUUCCUCCCCUCCUCUUACUACUUUGGAUCUAUUACAAGAACCCUCCUUCCCCGCCUUCCAUUUGUUUAGAUUAAUGAUUUAGUAGCCAACCUUGCCUGAAAACUUCCCCUAUGAGCAACUGCUAUGAUCCGAUCACCCAGGCAAGAAGUGACCUUAAAGGUUGGUUUUACAGUUUCUUAAUGUCAAAAAUCGCUGCGCAAAAUCCCCCUUUUUUCAUCCUAUUUUUCCCAACCCAAAUAUGUACUUGUUUUUCUAAUUUUACUCCAUGAAGGACGGUGAUGUAAUUCCCUUUCCUAAGGGUUACGACUCCAGUGCUGUAGAAGUGACGUGGUCUUUUGUUUACUUUCACAUUUUUGUUUUGACUUUUUUUUAAAAUAAAGGAGGUAAAAAAAUAUCCUCUGAAAUUAUUUGCCUUAAAAAAAUACCAACCCACAUUUUGUGAAAAGGGCAAUUUCUUCUCUCCAUUAUUUUCCACAAUUUUUGAUACAAAUUUAAAAAAUAUCAAAUAUUCAGCUGGAGAUAAGAAGCUUAGAAAGGAAAAAGAAAAAAAAAAUGAGUCUGAAAAUAUCCCAGGAAAAAAUUUCAAAAUGUUAGUCUUUCCCAUUUUUUCUUAAUUUUCUUCUUUGACCCAAGUAUUCAGAAUUUUGUUAAAAAUAGAAUUGUACCUUAAAUCAAUUUGUUCUUAAUUCCUCUUUGGUUUUAACCUGAGAUUUCCACUCCCAACACUGAAGGUUUCAGACCUCCCGAGAGAGACAAAUAUUUUUAUGACCGUUCGCUGGCACUUGUGUCAUGGUAUAUUUUUGGGGACUGGUUUUUGCGGGGGUGAACUCCUAACUAGUCUAGCGAAAAGUCGGGACAGAGAGAGAAGGAGGAAUGUCAUCUGGGUGGAGAAAAGAAGAGACUAUAAUGAAAGCUGUAUCCUCGCCGUAUCGAAAUGGCCAUUAAAUGUACAAGAAAAUAUUAGGGGGCUUGCUGUAUUUCCUAUUUUAUUAAAAUGGUAUGUAGGCAAGUUUAGUGAUAGGUUACUGAUACAUGAUAUUUUCUUUCGUUCUCCUUUUUAUUUAUUUUUGGGAAGAAGUGAUGGUUUCCAUCUUAGUUUGCUUGUCUUUCUGUCUGUACGUGCUUUUAUGCACCAUUAUUAUGAGUAUCGAUGGAAAUAUUUUCCAAGGAGAGAUACCUUAAAACAAAGGGGCAAGGAAAGAUACGUACAAUCAUCUAAAAACAUGUUGAUGUGGCGGGGUAACAGUAUUAAUUGGUUUAAUGAAAUAUACAUUAAAUUGUCGUUGAUGAGGAUUUUCUUUCUGGAUCAUUCGGGGAUCGUUGGAUGGACUGUGCUUUAGGAAAAUGGGGAGGGGGGAGGGUGUUUCUUAUCAGCCUUUAUAGUUUAUCAAUUGAGAAGGGUGAGAUAAAAAAGGCAUUUAAAUAAAUAAAUAAAUGAAAACAAAAACUGGAGACCCCCCGUGUUUGAUUUCAUCAUCCCUGGCGAUUAUGGCUUUUUGAUAGAGCUGGUAUCUGAUGAUAUCACCGUUCUCCAUGGCUCUACCCUGGCCUGAUUUUACACUGCGUUUCCACUGAACAUGUUGGCGUGCUUCUGCUUAUAUAAGGGCAAGAACGAAUUCAAGCGGAUUAGUGCUUGGGAUUUUGAGAUCGGCUACCCAGAUUGAGUUGUGGGAUUUUUAUUUUAUUUAUUUUUAAAAUGUUGUUAUUGUAAAUGUAUUUAUCAUUGUUAGUAUUAAUGGGUGGGGAAAAGGUAGGAGAAAAUGGGAGAGCAUCAGAAAUCAUGGUGCGUGCAAUGGGAGAUUGAGGUGAUGCGGGAAGCUGGGUUGAAUAAGAUCUGUGGUGUGCCCUUAUUAUUUUUUUGAAUAGCGGCCAUUAUCUCUAAAAAACACAUCAUUCUUUAGGCCAGAGCUUUAACAAAUAAUAAUGGGAGGGGAUAUCUUUAGUGAGGGGGGUUGAUCUGAGAGUCAUUAGACCCACUGCUGCAAAACCAAGAUACAGAAAACCAUCUGCACUAAUGCUGGUAGGGGAAGCUGGAGGGGAAAGAAGGGCCUGAUCGCCAAGAAGUGAGGAGUUGGAUCAUCUUUCUUUACACCAUGCAGAUUGACUCUGAUUUUUCUGUCCAUGAAUUCAAGUGUUUGAUUAGUUCCCUGCUACCCAUAACUUACUACCAUCACCAUUGCUUCUGAGAAAUCACGAUUUGGAGGCCAGGGAUUGAAUUUGUCUACAGGAGAACAGCUGGGAUCAACGGCCCAGGCCAUAUUUGGAAAGCUUCCCAAAAUACUUCACCAGGAGAAUUCUCAGUCCCACUCUUCCUAGGAUAAAGGCCUCUGGAUCCUAAAGGAUAGCUGAGAUCUUUCCUUGCAAAGAAGAAUAUUCUCAUCUAGUUUUACUUCCUCUCUUGAGGAACUGACUGGCUGUAGUGCCUAUUACCAGAGCCAACCUCUCUUGCAGGUGGCUUUAUUCUUUUUCUUCCCAAGCAAAACAGAAUAUUUAUUAAACAUGGGCUUUACCCUCCACUCUGCCUCUUUCACCCUGAAGGUGAGCUUAUUGUUGGGCUCCUUGUUCAGUCUCUGUUUUGGACUAGAGUUUAUGGGCCUCCCCAAUCAGUGGGCCCGUUACUUCCGCUGGGAUGCAAGCACAAGGAGCGACCUCAGCUUCCAGCUGAAGACAAAUGUCUCAGCUGGGCUACUCCUCUAUUUUGAUGAUGGUGGUGUCUGUGAUUUCCUGUGUUUGUCUCUAGUGGAUGGGCGUAUUCAACUCCGGUUCAGUGUGGAUUGUGCUGAGGCCACUGUUGUUACAGACAAGCAGGUCAAUGACAGCAACCUACACUUCUUGAUGGUUAGUCGCAACCAUCUCCGGACAGUUCUAGUGUUGGAUGGUGAAGCCAAGCCAGGUGAAGUGCGCCCACAGCGACAGUACAUGAACAUUGUUAGUGACCUCUUUGUGGGAGGUGUCCCAUCAGAUAUUCGCCCAGCAGCCUUGACUCUUGACAGUGUCCUGAGUGAACCACCAUUUAAAGGAUUUAUCUUGGACCUGAAGUAUGGCACUUCAGAACCUCAACUUCUGGGCCACCAAGGAGUCCGCCUGGAUAUGGAAGGACUAUGCACAGAAAACCCUUGUGAGAAUGGUGGAACUUGCUUCCUCCUGGAUGGCGAGCCACAGUGUGAUUGCUCAGACACUGGAUAUGUUGGAAAACGUUGUUCUGAAGAUGCCAGUCGUGUUCCAGGCCUUUCACACCUGAUGAUGGGCGAGCAAGCGAGAGAAGAGAAUGUGGCCACCUUCCGUGGCUCUGAAUACCUGUGCUACGACCUCUCCCAGAACCCAAUUCAAAGCAGCAGUGAUGAGAUCACUCUCUCUUUCAAGACAUGGCAACGCAAUGGGCUUAUCCUGCACACGGGCAAGUCGGCUGAUUACGUCAACUUGGCUCUGAAAGAUGGCGCAGUCUCGCUGAUCAUUAAUCUGGGGUCCGGAGCCUUUGAGGCCAUUGUGGAGCCAGUCAGUGGCAAAUUUAAUGACAACCAGUGGCACGACGUUAAAGUGACUCGCAACUUACGGCAGCACUCAGGCAUUGGACACGCUAUGGUGACAAUCUCUGUGGAUGGAAUCCUUACCACCACAGGCUACACACAAGAGGACUAUACCAUGCUUGGUUCAGAUGACUUCUUCUAUGUGGGUGGCAGCCCCAGCACAGCUGAUUUACCUGGUUCUCCAAUCAGCAAUAACUUCAUGGGCUGCCUGAAAGAGGUUGUUUAUAAGAAUAAUGACAUCCGUCUGGAGCUGUCUCGCUUGGCAAGGAUUGGAGAUACAAAAAUGAAAAUCUAUGGGGAGGUGAAGUUUACAUGCGAGAAUGUGGCCACACUGGACCCCAUCAACUUUGAGACACCUGAAGCUUACAUUAGUCUCCCCAAAUGGAACACUAAGCGGAUGGGUUCAAUUUCCUUUGACUUCCGUACCACAGAACCCAAUGGUCUUAUCCUCUUCACUCAUGGGAAACCCCAGGAGAGGAAAGAUUCCAGAAGUCAGAAGAACACCAAAGUGGACUUCUUUGCAGUGGAACUCUUAGAUGGGAAUCUCUACCUUCUUCUUGACAUGGGUUCUGGAACUGUCAAAGUGAAGGCCACUCAGAGAAAAGCUAAUGAUGGAGAAUGGUAUCAUGUUGAUAUUCAGAGAGAUGGAAGAUCAGGUACCAUAUCAGUGAACAGCAGACGGACACCAUUCACUGCUAGUGGAGAGAGUGAAAUCCUGGAUCUGGAAGGUGACAUGUAUCUUGGAGGACUACCUGAAAACCGGGCAGGACUUGUCCUCCCUACAGAGCUCUGGACAGCCAUGUUGAACUAUGGCUAUGUGGGCUGCAUUCGAGACCUUUUCAUUGAUGGGCGGAGCAAGAACAUCCGGCAGCUAGCAGAGCAGCAGAAUGCUGCUGGUGUCAAAUCUUCCUGCAUUCGAGUCAACUCCAAACAAUGUGACAGCUAUCCUUGUAAGAACAAUGCAGUAUGCAAGGAUGGCUGGAACCGUUUCAUCUGUGACUGCACUGGGACUGGAUACUGGGGAAGGACAUGUGAGCGGGAGGCUUCCAUUCUGAGUUAUGAUGGCAGCAUGUAUAUGAAAGUUGUUAUGCCCAUGGUCAUGCACACAGAGGCAGAAGAUGUAUCUUUCCGCUUCAUGUCUCAGCGAGCUUAUGGGCUGCUGAUGGCCACAACAUCACGUGAAUCAGCUGACACCCUGCGCCUAGAGCUGGAUGGUGGCCGUGUCAAACUCAUGGUUAAUCUAGACUGUAUCAGGAUAAACUGUAACGCCAGUAAAGGACCUGAGACCCUUUAUGCAGGACAGAAACUCAAUGACAAUGAAUGGCACACAGUCCGGGUAGUACGUCGAGGAAAGAGUUUGAAAUUGACAGUGGAUGACGAUGUUGCUGAAGGAACAAUGGUUGGUGACCACACACGCUUGGAGUUUCACAACAUUGAGACUGGGAUAAUGACAGAGAAGCGUUACAUCUCUGUCAUUCCCUCCAGCUUCAUUGGCCAUCUCCAGAGCCUAAUGUUCAAUGGUCUUCUCUACAUUGACUUAUGCAAGAAUGGUGACAUUGACUAUUGUGAACUGAAAGCCCGCUUUGGACUCCGUAACAUCAUUGCUGAUCCCGUCACCUUCAAGACCAAGAGCAGCUACUUGAGUUUAGCAACCUUGCAGGCGUACACCUCCAUGCACCUCUUCUUUCAGUUCAAAACAACCUCUGCUGAUGGUUUCAUCCUCUUCAACAGUGGGGAUGGAAAUGAUUUUAUUGCUGUUGAGCUGGUCAAGGGGUAUAUACAUUAUGUGUUUGACCUGGGGAAUGGGCCUAAUGUCAUCAAGGGCAAUAGUGAUCGGCCUUUGAAUGACAACCAGUGGCACAAUGUCGUCAUCACCCGAGACAACAGCAAUACCCACAGCCUAAAAGUGGACACUAGAAUUGUUACUCAGGUUAUCAAUGGUGCCAAAAACCUUGACCUUAAGGGUGAUCUUUACAUUGCUGGCCUGGCUCAAGGAAUGUAUAGCAACCUCCCCAAAUUGGUGGCAUCCCGUGAUGGGUUUCAGGGCUGCCUAGCAUCAGUAGACUUGAAUGGACGCCUGCCAGAUCUGAUUAAUGACGCUCUACAUCGCAGUGGGCAGAUUGAGCGUGGGUGUGAAGUUGAGUUGACCAAAGCUGACCUGCAAGGACCAAGCACCACCUGCCAAGAAGAUUCCUGUGCCAAUCAGGGCAUCUGCAUCCAGCAGUGGGAAGGCUUCACUUGUGACUGUUCCAUGACAUCAUACUCUGGGAACCAGUGCAAUGACCCUGGUGCCACAUAUAUCUUUGGGAAAAGUGGAGGCCUCAUUCUUUAUACUUGGCCAGCGAAUGAUAGACCAAGCACAAGGACAGACCGCCUGGCUGUUGGGUUCAGCACAACUGUAAAAGAUGGCAUCUUGGUUCGGAUCGACAGUGCUCCGGGGCUUACCGAUUUUCUACAGCUUCACAUAGAACAAGGCAAGAUCGGUGUAGUCUUCAAUAUUGGCACAGUAGAUAUAUCUAUCAAAGAAGAGAGCACCCCAGUGAAUGAUGGCAAAUAUCAUGUUGUGCGUUUCACUCGGAAUGGAGGCAAUGCAACACUUCAAGUGGAUGGAUGGCCAGUGAAUGAACAUUACCCUUCAGGCAACACUGAUACUGCGUUCCAAUUGGUAAAACAGAAAAUCCCCUUCAAAUAUAACCGGCCCGUAGAGGAAUGGCUGCAGGAAAAAGAUGAUGCAACACCGCAUCACCACUUGACUUCGAGACCUGCCACGACGACAAAAAUUGGACGACAGUUAACGAUCUUCAACACCCAGGCGCAAAUAGCCAUUGGAGGAAAAGACAGAGGGCGUCUCUUCCAAGGCCAGCUCUCCGGUCUCUAUUAUAAUGGUCUAAAAGUACUGAACAUGGCAGCAGAAAACAACCCCAACAUCAAGAUCAAUGGAAGCGUCCGGCUCGUUGGAGAAGUGCCCUCCAUCUUGGGAACAGCGCCCACAACAUCCAUGCCACCAGAGAUGUCUACCACUGUCAUGGAGACCACCACUACUAUGGCCACUACCACAACUCGAAAAAACCGUUCCACACCCACCAUUCAGACAACGGAUGACCUCGUUUCUUCAGCAGAAUGUUCUAAUGAUGAUGAAGAUCUCAUUGAAUGUGAACAGAGUGUAGGUAAGCCAGGAGGUGAAUUAGUUAUCCCUCUUCUUGUAGAAGACCCUUUAGAUAUCCCUUCUAUUGCUACUCGUGCACCUUUCAUUACACUCCCCACUACCUUCCGCCCCCUCCUCACCAUUAUUGAGACCACCAAAGAUUCCCUGUCCAUGACCUCUGAGGCGGGGUUACCUUGCUUGUCGGACCAAGGCAGCGAUGGUUGUGAUGAUGAUGGCUUGGUGAUAUCUGGGUAUGGCUCAGGGGAAACCUUUGACUCUAACCUACCCCCUACUGAUGAUGAAGAUUUUUACACCACCUUCUCCUUGGUAACAGAUAAGAGUCUUUCCACUUCAAUCUUCGAAGGUGGCUACAAAGCACACGCACCCAAGUGGGAAGCCAAGGACUUUAGACCUAACAAAGUCUCCGAAACUGGUAGGACUACUACCACAGCUUUGUCCCCUGAGCUGAUCCGCUCCACAGCUUCGUCCUCGACUGGGAUGGUGCCCAAAUUGCCAGCCGGCAACAUAAAUAACCGUGACCUCAAACCCCAGCCUGACAUAGUCUUGCUUCCGUUACCCACUGCCUAUGAGCUAGACAGCACAAAACUGAAGAGCCCGCUAAUAACUUCCCCCAUGUUCCGUAAUGUGCCCACAGCAAACCCCACGGAGCCAGGAAUCAGACGGGUUCCGGGGGCCUCAGAGGUGGUCCGUGAGUCGAGCAGCACAACGGGGAUGGUCGUCGGCAUUGUGGCUGCUGCUGCCCUCUGCAUCCUGAUCCUCCUGUACGCCAUGUACAAGUACAGGAACAGGGACGAGGGGUCCUAUCAGGUGGAUGAGACACGGAACUACAUCAGCAACUCAGCCCAGAGCAACGGCACGCUCAUGAAGGAGAAGCAACAGAGCACAAAGAGCGGCCACAAGAAACAGAAAAACAAGGACAAAGAAUAUUAUGUGUAAAAAAUAAAUAAAUACUUAUUUAUAUAUAUAAAUAUAUAAAUACUUAAUGAGCUAUAACUGAAUCGAAACUGUUACAGCUAACAAGAUUGGGAGCUACAGUUUAUGGUUUAAAUCAAAUAUUGAAAAUAAACCUUUCAGCCGCUGACUGCUCAGUUUUCAGUCAUUGCUUGGAGUCCUCAAACUCUGCCCUACUGUAUUAUAAAGCACACUUAGCGUUCUGAAGAAGGCCUAUGCAGCAUUUACCAUGUUGGUGGACUUCAAAGCCUUCAGACCUCCUCCUCAGCUGAACUUUUCUGCAAGGGCAGAAGACUUCAUGGCUUACUUGUUUCGUAUCUCCAAGUGAGUCUUUAAAGAUGUUCAUGAUCUUUGACUGUAUGCUAAUUUUUUUCAGUUUAAUUAUUUUAAAAAAAUAAGAAAAAAAAUAAGAAAAAGAAAAAAUGCAAAUGUUAUAAACAAAACAGAACAACUGAUCUGGCCAUGCCUAGCCUAUGUAUCAUUUUCCAAAAUGUGAGGAGAAAAAGAAAAUAACAAUGGUUUGGGAUUUUCAUUAUGUUUUUUUUUUUGUCUGAGUUUUUUCAUUUUCUGUGAGAGUUUUUGGGAGAAUGAGCCAGGACAUAAGUUAAGAAGAAACCUUGGGGAAAUAUUUUGUAAUAAAGAAAGACUAUUGCCAUAUAUGAACUCAAGUUCUAUCAUGGUGUUUGCUCUACAUAUCAGAUUGUGUUGUCUCUUGAAUCUGUUGUCUGCAGUAAGUUGUUACCGUUAAAAAACAAUGUGAUGGGGUGGCAAUGUUGGUGAUGAUGCUGAGAAUGAGAGCCAUGGAAAAUUGGAUACUAGCACACGCAUACCCCAGAUCUGGCCCCAAUGUUUUAAAAUAAUGUCAUAGGAAGAUCAAACAGGAUUAUCUUCUUUGACGAGGGGUGACUGGCUAUAAUUUGCUUACCACUGACAAUAUCUUACCACAGCUAAACUGUAGAAGAAAAGGGAGGGAAUUUAGAAAACAAACAAAUAAAAGCAAAACAAAAAUCAUGUAGCCAUUUUGAAUUAAGUAUAUGAAGCAAAACUAAGGAGCCAUUCUCGUGAUUCUGGCUCCUUAUCUGCUGACAAUGCAUGAAUCAACCAUAAUAAUAAAUUGAAUUCAACUUUUAGAAAGAUUAUACUGAAUUCAACUUGUGGCAAGAACCACAAAAUGUCACACAAGCCAAAAAUGUGUCACAGUGGAGUACGACUUAGGGGUGGGUUGUUGUUUUUUAAAAAAUCAUGAAGGUGUGUUUCAUAUGUAACAAUUUUACUUUUGUAGAUUGACAUUUCUGAUUCGCUGUCCUUCCAUUUGCCCAAUUCCCCCUUUCCCUUCUCUUUUAUAUGAAAGAAGAUAAAUUUAAAAAGUCAUUAUGACACACAGAAAUAAAAAAAAUUACAGAAGCUUAUUAAUAGUAUAAUAUAUAUAAAUAUAUAUAUAUAUAUACACACAGAUAUAUUUAUCAUGGUAUGUUUGAUGGGACGACUGAAACAGAUGCUGUCAAAGUCUUAAUAUGAAAUGAGAAUGUUGUAAAGAAAAAUGUUUUUACAAAACAACAAAAAGCUAAACUUUAAAAAUGUGAAAAGAGUGUGCAUUUUAACUUUGUCACAGUUACCUGUGUCAAAAAAAUUUUAAGAUAAAAAAUAAGAUUUUGUUUACAUAUUUUACUACAAUUUUUUUUCUGGAUGGUGUAAUUUCUAGUUGGGUACCCCGAUGUACAUAAUGCUAUGAAGUUUCAUUGGCCUGUUAUUUAUAUUCAAUGUACUUAAUUUUGUUUGUUUAGGUUUUUUAAAAGAAAAAAAAAUUCCAUUAUUUUGAAAGAGAGCAACUUACUGUAUGGGAGAAAAUAACCAACUGGGUGUUUUUGGCCACAAAUAUCAUGUGCAAAAAAAUUUAAAGUAAAAAGAGAGACAGAAAGAAUAAAGGAGAGAGAUGGGGAAAACACGCAAAAAUUCUAAGAGGACUUUGGCAUAUUAGAAAUGUACAAUUUUUCUGUGUACAGAUGAAAUCUAAUCAGCUGUUUAGGUUUAGAAAUCUACUCUUGCUGGUGUUUAUAAGUCGCAUGAAUCUUUGAUUAUGAAGAAGUGUUAUCCAAUGCACACACGCACAUGAGAACAAAAUAAAAAAGGCAGCCUUCUCAUAUGGUUUGAGAAGAGGCUUUCCUGGCUAACAAAAUCUUUUCAGUGUGUGUGAGGUUUGUUUUUUUAUUAUCAUUUUUAAUUAUAUUUUUACACUACAACAGAAGGGGAGGGAAAAGACAGGUUUUCAAAGGUAUUGAAAGCACGAUUUUAGACAACUUGACUGGCCGAACAUAUACGGAGCUGAUUAUACCUUGAUGUCUGUAAAAGAUUGCUGCUGUUCUUGAAGUCUUGGAGUCUUGUGAAAUAAUUUUUCUGCUUUAUUUCUUUUAUUUUCCUUUCUUUUUUAAUUUGAGAAAACCCAUCUUUAUGUUCCUUUCUUUUGGUGUCUGUUUCUAUUGGACAGUUUUUUGGGAACAUGUGCAUUUCUGUAUGUGGGCUUUUACCAUAUCCCUACUGUUUUUAUGGAGAAAACCUUGAAGAUUUUCUUUAACAUUACUGUGUUGUUAUUGCUUUUUCCACCCUUCCCUCCAUUCCCUCUUUUUUCUCCUGUUCUUUUCUUUUCAUAAUUGCCUUUUUGUUCAAGGAUAUGCUUAGCAAUAAAAUGUUCUUCCCAAA